GACACGCUUGUUUCCUUCUCGACGAUGUUGCCUGACUCUGGACAGCCGGGAUGGUUCAUGCAACGGCUGAGUGGUAUGUGCUAGUGAAUGUGCAAGUGGCAUCCGCACCCCGUCAGCGGGAGGGCGUAAGGAGGACUGACGGAUCGAGGGAGAUUUCAUUUCGGAGGUGGAAUAAGCUUCCAUCAUUCUGAUGUUCGCCAAAGAGGGUAAGCGAAAAUAAACGGGGGGAGGGAAGAAGGAAGCAAGAACAUGUCCGCGAGCCACGGCGACGACUGGACUUGUCCUUGGCACUCUUGUAUAAGCAGCCCACAGCUGGGCGAUUCCUCCUUUCAGCUUCUCUAUGAAACUCUAUUUCUUUCUCUGCGCUUCCACCGGUGCUCGCCGGUCGACGCGCUUUAUCUGCCCAACUUCCUUGUCUUAAACGACGUUGAACGACCCCCUCACCUCACGCUGCCCGACAUCAAUUCCUGCAGUGCUUUGGCUCGCUUCGACGCGCAUGCGACGCGAAAACGACUUUCGUUUAUUUUCUCUCUGUCUUGUCCUCCUUCACGCUCUUUACAUCCCUAACUUAUAGUUCAACAUGCCCACUCCUGGACGAUUCCGCUCCAAAACCUCUGACAUCUCUGACCUCUUGCGGGGCUCUGCCUCGAGACACUCAGAGUCUCAAUCUACGCCGCCUGUGUCUCCUCCAGUGCAGACACCCGAGGCGACCACACCGACGAAAGGAAAGCGCAAGCCGCUUGCGUUGUUUAGUCGAAGGCGGAAGAGCUCUGUCUCUCCUUCACCGUCAUCGGUGUCUGCCAAGUCGACCGACCAUGCUUUCAGCAGUGCUGAGGAAGUGCCUCCCGUUCCAGACGUACCCUCGAGGCACGCAGGCUCUCAGGAUGCGUCCUUUGCACAAGGCGAUUCGCACACCCUGCAGACCUCUCUUCCACCGCUGAACGUCUCUCCUCCCUCUUUUGGGUUCAGUCACUUUGCUCCCGCGAGAGCUCGCGCGUCUGAUGUCACACAAACUCCAGACCCUGGAAAGUUGAGUACCGCAAUACCUCCUCAAGCUCUUCGGGCACAGAAGUCGACUUCAUUCGAGUUCAUCGCGCGGAAUAGGUUUGGAGAGAAGACUUCCUCCCGCAGCUCCCGCCCAGUCAUUACCGUGUCCGCACCACCGCAAAAUGGGCAACAUGUCGAGAACGACAAGGAUGUGUUCACGACCCCGCGCGCAGCGCCCAACCCUCCUGCAGCACCUAACCUUCCUGCAGCACCUGCCCAACCUGAAGUAAAGUCUCGGCGUACACUACGCAAACCGCUUGUACUUUCUUUCUCACAUAAGAAGACCCAUCCGGAGAAAGUGACAUCACCAACAUCUCCGAAAUUACCGGUCCCUUCAUCUCCAACGAUUAAUCGCACUCCCCCGUUACCAGCCCAGAUGCGGUUUCCAAUACCUCCCGGACCUGGUGGGCAGCUACCAAGGCCAUCUCAGGAUUCAUUACAGAGCAUGCAACGGAGAAGGGGCAACGCCGGGAUGUCUGACGAAUCUCCCGUGCCAUCGCCCGUGAGGGGCUCAUUUUCGUCUGCGUCAGGCUCGGUUAGAACAUACGUCCCUGGCGACAGAACACCUAAAGAACAGGGAGGCAAGCUAUCGCCGGCUGGUAAGUUCCUACCGACACCGGGGGAUGUCUCCCCUACUCGCACGCGAUUUUCGAGUAGUUCUGGAUCGCCCUCAGGCACCAUUGGCAGGGCAGCAGGUGCUACGUUAGGCAAAUCUGCGAAGCCACCACAUUUGAGGUUGAGCAUGCGUAGAACGUCACGUACGCCUUCCCCUGCAAGUACUCCCCCAACGGCUCCUCUGCCAGAUUUACCAUCGGAAGCGUCUGCCCCUCCAAGCCCUAUUCGCGAGGGUCACAGUCCGACGGUGUUAUCCCCAGGGCCGUACUCGCCUGCGUCACGUUCGCCAACUCUAAACGGUCUUCCAACUACUCAGUCGAUGUCUAGUGUGGCAUCCAGGCGUUCAUUUACUUCUAUUCCUCAUAGGAGUGCCAGUGUUAUACGCUCUAGGGCUAGCAGCGCAUCGGCACAAGCAACACCUACUCCUGUGGCAGCUCGCAACGAAGUCACCAAUAAGGGCAAAUCGAAGGACCAGGACGAUCGCACCGAUACCUCUGAAGGGACCGGUUACGCCCCAGCCCCCAACAACCAGCAUGGACGAAAGCCAUCUAAAGAUUCGGAAAGGCUGAGACGUCAGGAGUCUACGGAUACCCCUAGAUUACGCAAGAUCGAUACCUCUGUCGUUCAGCAACAUCUCUUACCGGAUUAUUCGAGUUUGCGCGCUAGGCAUGAAACACUGAUACGCAGUCUUCAAGAGGUGCAUGCUGCUGAGAAGGCAGAGCUUCUUCGACGGAUCGAGCAGUUGGAGCGUGAGGCUCGGAAGAGGGAACGGGAGAUCAAAGGACUUCGGUGGUUGGUUAUGAAUGCUGGCAACAGUACCGGUGACCCCACUAGUCAACUAUUCUCGCUGGCUGAAGGUCGAAGGAGAGAUAGGGCGGGAUCAAAGGCGUCGGACGCGAGUCAAGAUAGUUCGACGGGAAGCCAGUAUGUCGACGCUUCUCAGACUCUGGCCCCAGCGUAUUCACCUAGGAGCAGUACCGAGGAAGGUCUCUAUGAAGUGCAAGCUUCGAUCUCGGAUCUGAUCUCGCCGACGGAAGGUACGCCUCCUACGAUAUCUUCUGGAGAGAAACAACAGAAUGGCAAGACUAGGGCGAGGCGAUCGAAUACUCUUCCGUUUGGUUCACAGACGUCUUUGGAUCCGAAAAGUCUGGUCGCGAUCAAGCAAGCUCGGAGGACCAGCUCACCCGUCAUCCCCGCUAAUGGUAGCCCCGUUCCAGCACCAUCGUCAACAUCAGCGUAUAACUCGUCGAACUCACUUGCGGGGACUGGGCUGGGGAUUCAAGUUGAUUAUCCAUCGAUACCUUCUCUGGCGGAGUCCGGGUACACGAAGUCAUCCUCCGGAUCUUCUGCGAUGACGAUGCCUUCUAUGACCCUGACUGCAACAAAUACCACAUCGUCCAGUCUUUCAGCUAUCCCUGAAUCUCCUCGACGUAUUCCUCCCGAUGCGACUGAUAGUAUGAUUAUCGACAUGGAAAGACGAGAGAAGGAGGAGCGCCGAGCGUCUCGUGCCUUGAAACGUAUCUCGGCAUCGUCCACGAGCUCGUCCUUGGGUCUCAUGGCUGUCACCGCUUAUAAUCAUAACCUUAAGAUUGGGCAGUCUCCGUCUAUUGACCAGGUGCUUGAUAGUCCGGAGAUGGACAUCGACGACGUUAUGCGGAAACUUCGUGCGUUCGGCGGACACGGAGCUUAAAUGCGGAUGCGUUAUACCGCAGACGCAAUAUCAACCGAUUUUUCAACACACACUAUUAUCUUUUUAAGCUCAUCCCUUUUCGCUGCAACGUAACAGCAGCAUAUCCUUUUUUUAUUUUUACGAUCCCCUUGGUUAUUCUCACGACAUUUACAGUAUUUCUGUCUCUUCGUUCUCAUGUCUCGUCAUCUUGAUUUGCAGCGGCAUCCCAAGCCGAAAGUAUUGCAUUAUUUUCCUGUAAUCUCCUCCUCAUAUCGUUCUCUUUUAGAUUGCUGUCUCCCCUUUUCUCUUCCCCCGUCAUACCAAUCUCUUUCGGGUUUGUGAUUCGCAUCAAUUGGCAUUGUAUCUAUACACAGCUCUACUCUAUUACUCUCUCCCCUUGGACGUAUAACUCUCUCUCUCUUCCGUUUUGUUAGUCUCUCUCACUCUCUCACUCACAUUAUUUGUUUCUUGUGGAUUCGAUGUGUUUUUCCGCUUACAUACAUAUCUUGUUCGAGUCGUUGGACUCAUGCUUGGUGCUGUACUCAAAUCGCGGAUAGAAUUAAAAGUUUGGAUUUCACAUUCAGUAUGGUACACAUUACCAAUUAUUAGCGGAUUGCGACCU